GCGGGUUCAACUGGACAGCAGGUUGGAAAUCAUCCAACCCGCUGUUUAACGGGCGAAAGAGCAGCCCGCAGCCCGCAGCCCGAGUCUAUCGUCCAUUCCAAACAUCCAAACCUAGACCUCUCUCUCUCCGUCUCUCUCUCUCUCUCUGCGAUCACGCCUGCAGAAACCGAGUCUCUCUCUCUCUCCUCGAUCACGCCUAAGCAACCGAGUACUCCAAGCAAACACUUCAAGCUGCCUGCAGAAACCCUAGCCAGUGGAGUUCUCCGUCGCCGUUCUCUGUCGCCGUCUCCAUCGGCGUUCUCCGUCGCUGUUCGCCAUCAAUGUUCGGCCACAGCUCCUAGAUCAAGUCGAUUUGCUGAGUCAACCUGCUGGUAUAGGCCAUUGAAGCUGUUAAUAGAUUCUGCUGCUUCUAUGCUGUUCAAGGCCAUUGAUAUUGAAUGAUGGUGACGGCUUCAACUUCGGGGUCCAAGUCACUUAAAGAAUAUCUGAAGAGAUAUGAGAGCAAUGAUGAGGAAGAAAAGAAAAAGAAAAAAAGGAAGAAGAAGGUGGUCCAAAGUAAACCAGAUGUAAAAGGUGUUUUAGUCGUGGAUGAAGAUCCAGUUUGGCAGAAACCAGUUAAUCUUGAAGAGGAAAACAAUGAUGAUUCAGCUGAUGAAGAGAAGCCACAAGUUGAUGAGGACAUUGAGGUUAAGCGGAUGAGGAGGCUCGAACAACUGAAGGCUAUGCGUGCAUAUAAUGCCAUAUCAGAGGAUGGAAGUGGUUGGAUUUCUCUUUCUCCCAAAGCUGCUAAUUCUAAUGACCCAAACUCUGAUAUGUCACCACCACGGAAGCGGGAUGUCCGGAAUGACACACCUUCACCAGAACAUGAACUGAAGCCUGCAGAUUUUGGCAGAGGUAGCACCGAUUUGUCACCUUCACGACAGCGGUUGAAGCACCAACAGAACGAUAUGACACCUGAAUUUCCUGACAUUUCUCCUCCUAGACGGAGUCGUCGUGGCUCUUCGUACCAAGAUGACUUCCAAGCUUCUCCCGGGCCAGACCUUUCACCACAAAGGAAAACUAGGGAGGGUUUUCGGAUUCCUGGGGUGCCUGAUCUUUCCCCUCCACGUAAACGUUCAACUGAAACCAAUGCUUCGCGUGCAUCUUUGGUUCAGGAUCUUUCCCCACCGAGAAAAAGCCGAAAGGAAGCUGCUAUGAAUGAGCAACGAAAAACAGGUCUGCUUACUGGCAAAGAGAUCAGUGAAGAGAUUGCUAGAACUAAGAAGACUGAUUGGUUAAGGUUUAAAGAGAUGGAUCCUUCUAUAAGUGGUCGAGGUGCGGAACCUGUAUAUCGUGAUAAGAUAAAAGGAGAACGUAUAUCGAAGGAAGACUUUUUGAAGUCAAGGCAGAAAGUAAAAGUAGAAGAGAAGCCCAAGGAGAAGAAAUUGGAAUGGGGGAAGGGCUUGGCUCAAAAGCGGGAAGCUGAAACUAAGCUGCAGGAAUUGGAACUUGAGAAGGAAAAACCAUUUGCACGAACCAGGGAUGAUCCAGAACUAGACAACAUGCUGAAGGAGAGAUUAAGAUGGGGUGAUCCCAUGGCGCAUUUGGUAAAGAAAAAGCAUCCUGAAAUGGUUCUCCCAAACCUAGGGGAUAGUGAGAAGAUGAAAGAAUCGGGGUUUGUUAUUCCUCAGGACAUUCCUGUCCACAGCUGGUUAAAAAGAGGAUUAGAUGCUGCACCAAAUCGAUAUGGCAUAAGACCAGGAAGACAUUGGGAUGGAGUUGACCGUAGUAAUGGAUUUGAGAAGGGAUUGAUUAAAAGGACGAAUGAGAGACGAGCUACAGAAACAGAAGCAUACCUGUGGUCUGUCGCUGACAUGUGACUUGACGCAUACGGACUGUGUAAGAAGAUUCCAAUUGGCCUUUUAUGUGUUUUUGUAAAGGCAACGAGGCACCCGACUUAAAAAGCAAGUUCUAUAAAGUUAAUUGGUUGUGGUGGUGAGUGAUUGGGCUUCCUGAAUUGCUAAACAGCAUUAUGUUUGCAUUGCCAGUGAAGUUUCUGUACUCAUGAUGCUUAUUAGUUGUAGAAUUCGUGAUGUGGUUUUAGUCCAGCUAAUUUUUGUUGCCUGCUCUUUGGAUUACACCACAAUUUUAUAAAGCAUGCAGGUUCGAAGGCUUUAUGCUUUUGAGUGA